UCUCGCUUUCCCUUCCCACCGGGCUUGCUCGGCGGCCGGUUCUCCCCCUCCCACCCAAUCCCCACUUCUCCGGCAAUGUCUACUUCUCCGGUGAUGUAAGACUUGCCCGUGACUCCCAAACUCCCUCUGUCUCACCUGCUGGAGGCUGAAUCUGUUCCCCGCCCCCGCAACCUCUUCAACGAGGCGACCAGGAGGAGCUCAAGUACUCAACAGUAAGCUACUUACAUGAUGGAGGCUGCACGAUCCCCCCCUUGGUCAGAUCUCCACCCGGAACUCCUUGGCCUUGUCCUCAAGCGCCUCCCUUCCUUAGCUGACCGUGUUCGUGUAAGAGCUGUCUGCCACCCAUGGCGCUCUAAUAGUAUGUUGCAACCCCUUCCUCUCCCAUUCCCAUGGCUCACGCUCCCUGACGGUACCUUCCUCAGCAUUCCAAGUGGUGAAAUUCACCACAUAUCUUUACCAGAAGGUGCGUGUUGCCAGGGCUCUAUCGGAAACUGGCUAUUCCUCAUGCACAAUGAUGAUGUGUGCUACUUGAUGAACCCUUUCUCCAAGACCAGGUUGGAGCUUCCUAAGCUAGCCAAAGUAUGUAAUCCUGAAAUAUUGGAUCCCGACUCUAGAUUCAAUCCAAUUUUCUACAAGUUGGUGGUCCCCUUUCCCCUUGACUCGUCGCCCUGUUCCCUUGUUGCUGCAAUGAUCGUGGACGAUAGUGAGUGCGGUACACUUUGUAUUAGCAAACCACCGAUUGUCACUGACUCAUUCAGAGACGAUGAGCUUCCAGUUCUGGAACUCGAGGAUGUUGCAUUCUUUGAUGAAAAGUUGUACGUCUUGGCGGGGUUUGGCCAACUGAUCAUAUUUGAAUUAGACAAGGACCUUCGUAUUUCAUUCAUGGAGUGCAUAAUUGACUCUGUGAUGGACUCAAGUGGAACACUUCAAUUCUUGCCGAGAGAGGCGUGUAUGAUAAGGCAGUAUCUGGUUGAAUGUGGCGGUAGACUGUUGAUGGUGAUACGGUGGAUUCGCUCUAUGGCCCAUCCAACAAGUGAUGACUAUUUGGAGCAUGGCCGUACUUUUGCACUUGAGGUUCUUGAGGCAGAUUUGCGCGCCGCCGAACGUGUUGGAUGGAGAACAGUAAGUGACUUGGAUGGCCAUGCGAUCUUUGUCGGCAAGCAUAGCUCCAAGUCCAUGCGUGCUGAAGAAUGCAGUGGAUACCAAGAGGAUUGCAUCUACUUCAUGUGUGACUAUCCUGAGCCAAAGGAUUCUGCAAAUCCUCUUCGUGAUGCCGGUGUUUACAACAUUAGGAAUGAGACAUUCAUGCCGCUGAUGUCGGGGACUGCAGCAGUAUCGCCAUGUCACGCUGGCCAGUGGCGUCCGACAUGGUUUUUCCCUCCUGAAACUGUAUGAUCAAGCCUUGUAAUCUAUGAUCCUGAGAGUAAUUGUUGGGUAAUGUAUCUGAGAUGGGAGUUGGAAGGGCUCGUCCUUGCAGUGGCAGUGGUUGAUGGACGGUAGAGAUCUGUGGUCUUAGUUCCUGUGCUGAUAGGCUGGUUGGUUCAGUUUGAUGAGUGAUGUGUUCUACCUGGUGGUUGUUGUUCUGUCUUGUGUUGGCUGAACUUAGUGAUCCUGUCCUAGUGUAGCGUUGUAACUGCUGUUGCCUGAACUUUAAAACGCGGGCCGCUGUAUCAUCAGUUUUAUUUUAAUUAAAUUGGAGGGUGUGUUCUCCUUUCA